GGCCACAUGAAAAAUUGUGGUUCACAAAAUUUCUUCCCCUCCCCCUCCAUUGCUGACGUGGAAUCUCCCACCUUUCCAUCUAAAACUCAUAACUUAAAACCCUUCCCUUCUCCAUUUUCACACUUUAACUUCUCCGAGAACAAAAAUGGCUGAAGUUGAAAUGAGAGAUCCAAUCAUAAAGUUGUUUGGGAAAACCAUUUCUUUGCCUUCGGAUUCCAAGUUUCUUUCUUCAGAAACUACUGAAGAGGAAACUUCAUGUGAAGAAUUGGGAUUAGAAAAAGAGGGGAAUAGCAGUGGAAACCAAAUCACAGAUCAAACAACAUCAGGAGUAAGUGAGAAUCCAUUAGAAGAAAGAGAGAUUUCAUCGCCAAAAGCUUCCAAAAAUGAAGAACAAAGUGAAACAAGUAAUUCCCCUGACAACAAAACCUCAAAAAAACCAGACAAAAUCCUUCCUUGCCCUCGAUGUAACAGCAUGGACACCAAAUUCUGUUACUUCAACAAUUACAAUGUCAAUCAACCUCGUCAUUUUUGCAAGAAUUGCCAAAGAUAUUGGACAGCCGGUGGGACCAUGAGAAACGUUCCGGUCGGUGCCGGCCGACGAAAGAAUAAAAACUCCUCAUCUUCACAUUUCCGUCAGUUAAUAAUUCCCGACGGCGGAAUUCACCCACAUCAAUUUCUAGAUAACAACGGAACCUUUCUCACUUUUGCCUCAGAUUCUUCAAUUUCCAACUCACAGAGCUGUAACCCAAAUGGGUUUCUCAUUAAUACAGAAAACGGAGAUGAUCAUUCAAGUAAAUCUUCAAUUACAGUUUCGAAUUCAUCAGAGAAAGGAGCUAAAAUGGCUUCACAACAAUCAAUAGCGAAAAAUGUUUUCCCUUUUCUGCCUCAAUUACAGUCAUUUACAGGGCUUUCAUUGCCUUAUUCUUCAAUUACUCCACCAUCGGCACCGUUCUACCCGCCAGGAAUUCCGGUAUCGUAUUACCCUUCACAGCCGUACUGGGGCUACCUAGCGCCGCCGUCUUUGACAAUAAUUAAUCCCAACAGUCAAAAUUCGUCUACGAAUUCCUCUGUAUUGGGGAAACGUUCAAGAGAUGGGAAAUUGGUUAAAAGUCCAUCAAAUACAGAAUCUGAGAUUGUUAAACAGAAGAAUAGUGAAGAACCCAGUUUGGGGAUUCCAAAGACAAUGAAAGUGGAUGAUCCAAAUGAAGCAGCAAAGAGUUCUAUAUGGUCAACUCUAGGAAUUAAGAAUGAUAAAAAAGCUGGUGGUGGAAGUACAAGUACAACCAUCAAUGGCGGUAGUCUUUUUGUCUCUUUACAACGAUCUACAAAGGGAAAAGAAGAAACCCAGAUUGAAAGUUGGUCGCUUUUGCAGGCAAAUCCAGCAGCUUUUUCUCGGGCUUUGAAAUUCCGAGAGAUCGUUUAGUUUUUAGAGUGAAAACGAUGGCACUGUUGUGUUGUUGUUGUUGUUGUUGUUUAAAUUAAAUUUAACCUUUGAGUUUGAGAAUCAAAAUCCAACUGCUAAAACAAGAGAUAGGAGUGGAAAUCAUUGUUAUUUUUGGAGUAGAAGCAGUUAGUUUUAAUGAAGACAAAACUGGACCAGACCAUCCAACAUAAGGACUCCACUUUUGUGGAAAACCCCAUGUUUGCUGGCUGGGGCAUUCGUUUUUGUCGAGCUUUCUUGUACAUUAUUAUUACAAGUGAGAUAUAUAUAUAUCUAUCUAUCUACAUAUAUAUAUAUAUAUAUAUAUAUAUAUAUACUUCUUCUGCCUGCUAGAUUCUUCCAUAUAUUAUUUUUCAUUUUGAUAUUAAUUCAACAAACAAAAGUUGCAGAUAUUUGGAUA